CACAAUUUAAAAAGACAAACGAAACCAACCUACAACCAACAUGUACAAAUCCAUUGCACUCUUGACCGCCUUUGUUGGAUCCACAAGCGCCUUUGUGGCUCGAUCGUCACCAGCCGCCACAACGGCAAUGCACGAAACCAAGGCCGACCUGGAAGUCCUUGCCCAGGAACUGAACCCCAUCCUUGGUUUCUACGAUCCGAUGAACCUUGCGGAGGGUGAGUUCUGGGACACUUCCAACGAAGCAACCAUCGGCUUCCUCCGACAGGCCGAAAUCAAGCACGGCCGCGUUGCUAUGGCCGCCUUUGUCGGAUACUGCAUUCAGUCCAACUACGUCUUCACAUGGCCCCAGUCGCUCGCGGGAACCCUUCCCCCUUCCUUCGAUUUGCAGCCGGAGGAGCAGUGGGACGCGAUCGACAUCAAUGCCAAGUGGCAGCUCUUUGGCCUGAUCGGAUUUCUCGAGAUCUGGGACGAGAUGGGGGGAUACGGAGACACGGCCAUGCCGCACUACACCAAGGGACGACAGCCCGGAAAGUACCCCACGUUUGACGAAUUCCGAAAGGGAGUCCACUGGGUCCCCGAUUUGUACGAUCCCUUUAAGUGGAACGGAAAAAUGAAGGAGUCCGAGCGCGAAAGACGAUUGCUGGUCGAAAUCGUAAGUACAACAUCGAGCCGUAGAUGAAUCGGGCGCGAGAAUCUAUCCACGGAGGUGUGGGUUUGGUGGAUUGCAACUGCCCGAGUCCGUUCUAACCUCAAGGGACACGCAACUAAACUAUUCAUUCUUGUUGACAUUGCUUUAUCCCUCAACUCAUGCUUGCGUGGUUAAUGGAUGAUGGAUGAAUGAAUGGAUAUCCUUGCAAACGAUGCGCUUCAGAACAACGGUCGUCUGGCCAUGCUCGGAAUCUUCGGCUUCCUUGUUGCCGACAAGAUCCCCGGUGCUCUUCCCACAAUCGCGAGCAUUGCCAAGCCGUACUCCGGUGAGGUCAUGAACCCCUUCCAGGUCGAGUGGGGAAGCCCCUUUGUCAUGGUCAGCGCCAGCCCCGCGGCCGCAGGCACCUCCGACGCCAUUGCGGCAAAGGCGGCCGCGGUGGUCGACACGGCGUUGCAGAUGGCCGAAACCCUCUAAGGAAUCGAAUCGAAUCGAAUCGAACCGAACCGAACCGAACCGAACCGAAAGAAAUCGAACCACAAAGA